GGAUAGUAUAAAUGGGAAACAUGAGGAGUUAAUUGGUGGAAAGACAAGGGAAAGAAGAAUACAAAAAGUGUGUGAGCAUGGUGAGGCAUAGACUCUCUUUCUCUUUCUCUCUGUUUCUUCUGCUAAAUUUAGCAACUACAGCCUUCAGCGCUCUCAAGUUUAGCAGAGAUGACUUCCCAGAUGACUUCAUUUUUGGGGCUGGCACCUCUGCUUACCAGGUUGAGGGAGCAGCAAACCAAGAUGGGAGGAGUCCUAGCACUUGGGACGCCUUUGUACGUGCUGGGGCUACCCAUGGAGCUUCUGGGGACAUAGCAUGUGAUCAGUAUCACAAAUACAAGGAGGAUGUCAAACUGAUGGUGGAAACAGGCCUAGAUGCCUAUCGAUUCUCGAUCUCUUGGUCAAGGCUUAUCCCAAAUGGAAGAGGACCUGUCAAUCCAAAGGGUUUAGCAUAUUACAACAACCUCAUCAAUGAACUUAUCAGCCAUGGAAUCCAACCUCAUGUUACUUUAUUCCAUGUUGAUCUGCCACAAGUGCUUGAAGAUGAAUAUGAAGGAUGGCUUAGUCGAAGGAUUGUGAAAGAUUUCACAGAAUUUGCCGAUGUGUGCUUUAGAGAAUACGGAGAUAGGGUUUCACAUUGGACUACCCUGAAUGAAGGAAAUGUAUUUGCUUUGGCUGGCUAUGACUCGGGAUUACUACCACCUCAGCGAUGCUCUCCCCCAUUUGGACAUAGGCCAUGUACCAAAGGCAAUUCCUCAUUCGAACCAUACAUUGUAGGGCAUCAUCUCUUGUUAGCACAUGCAUCAGCUGCUAGAUUGUACAAGAAAAAGUACCAGGCCAAGCAACAUGGAUUCAUAGGGAUCAAUGUCUUUGCUUACUGGUUUGCUCCUCUAACAAACACAACAGAAGAUAUCACAGCUACUCAAAGGGCUAAAGAUUUCUAUCUUGGUUGGUUUCUUGACCCCUUAGUGUUUGGAGACUAUCCUGAAACAGUGAAGAAGAACGCAGGCACAAGAAUUCCGGCCUUCACCACACCUGAAUCCAAACAAGUCAAGGGUUCAUUUGACUUCAUAGCAAUAAACCAUUACUUCGCAACAUACAUCAAGGACAACCCUGAAAAGCUGAAGAUAGAUCAAAGAGACUUUGCAUUAGAUGUGGGCACAGACAUGAUAUUUAAGCCACAAAACGAUGUACCGGUAGGUGAGUUUCCUCUCACGACCUGGGGUCUGCAAGGAGUGCUGGAAUAUUUGAAGCAAGUUUAUGGCAACCCUCCAAUCUAUAUCCAUGAAAAUGGUAUGCAAACACAACGCAACUCAUCGUUGAACGACACAUCAAGGGUCAAAUAUAUGGAGGCUUACAUUGAAGUUGUGCUUGAUGCAAUAAGAAAUGGAUCAAAUACGAGAGGGUAUUUCACAUGGUCGUUCUUAGAUGUACUGGAAUUAAUUGAUGGCUAUGGAUCUUGCUUUGGCCUCUACUAUGUAGAUUUGGAUGACCCAGAUUUAAGACGGUAUCCAAAGCUAUCUGCACAUUGGUACUCUAGCUUUUUGAAGAGAAGAAACAUGAGUUCAGAUGGGGACAUCAGAAUUGAGAAGAAUAAAACACCUCUUUCUUAUGCUCAAUCCUUUUAGUAGGUUCUGUUUUGAAUAGUUAUGUCUUGGUGUGUCUCUCUUUCUGCUGCCUUAUGUUGGCAACACAAUUUAUCAGUUAUUUACUUGAACACAAUUUCCUUUGAUGACUGUUGGGAUUUGAACCUGAACCCUGCCUAGAGAUUUCAAGGUCCAUUAGGACAUUUGAACUAUUUUUCCA